GCCGAUCAGGGAAAAUCCCUGCAGUAAACAUAUUCUCCGAUAGUCCGUGAAUGCAGCACCAGCUGGCCAUCUGCGCAGAAACAAACAUGGCGGACACGGUGUCCAGCAGCAACCUCCAGCCUUCAGCCAAACGCAGACGCCUCAACCCUGCCGCCAUCGUCCCCGUCCCCGUCUACUCCAGCAGGGUGAGCAGGAGUCUGCAGCUGAAGCCCACAGCAUGCCUGCUUGGAGGGAGAGAGAACUCAGAUGAUGGCGGUGAUGAGAACCUGUGGGCGGAGUUUAACCCCCAAAGGCCCGCAUCCAGCACCGCCAUGGUGGAGCUCAGCGACUCCGAGGAGGAACCAGAACCUGGGCGGUUCCGAUCCAAACCCGCAGAGAACCAGCUAGGACACGCUGGCUGUCCGUCCCCGCCGCCUGAGAGCCCAGUCCAGAAGCAGUCCAGCAAGGCCCGGCGGAAGAUCAGUGAGAUCAACAAGAAGCUGCAAGCCGUCAGCGCCAUUCUGUCUCCGGAGCCUCUGGAACGGAAAACCGAUCGGCGCCGGAACCGUAGGAACCAAAGGUCCGACCCGAACGAUGACAGUGAUGAUGUCAUCAUCAUGAGCCCGGGGGACGGGUCCGACUCGCCGCGGGAGAUUCCACUAAAGAUCCGCUGCCGGACUGACGUCCACAAGGUUCUGGUGCUGCCGUCGACCCGGCUCAGCGAGGUGUUGGGCCGGCUGGCCGCCAUCCUGGAAGUCCCGCCCCUUCGCCUGCUGCUGCUGAGGGAGGAGCUGGAGCUGCCGGCCGGCGCCACCGUGGGCCAGCUGGGCCUCGGCAUCGCAGACAUCUUAGAAUGCGUGGUGAUGCCAUCAGAGGAGCAGAGCUGCAGCAGCAGCUGCAGCAGCAGCUGCAUCAGUGUGAAGCUGCAGAGCAGAGACAGAUCUUCCUCCCAGCUCUUCUUCGUCCACAGAGAGGCGCCGCUGAGCUCCGUGUUCUCCCAGUACCUGUCGCGACUCCCCGCCAGCGCCCGCAGGUCGGUCCGGUUCCACUUUGACGGCUCCAAGGUGGCGGGCAGCCAGACGGCGGCGCAGCUGGAGCUGGAGGACGGAGACAUCAUCGAAGUUUGGACCUGAAGCUUCGCUGCUGGCUCGGUUCUGUCGGGCUCAGAAACCAUCAAACCCUCUCGAGUCCAGUUGGUUGGUCAACAGGUUCCGACUCCACAGCUGCGUUGUAUUUGAUUGUAAGGAUAAUUAAGUUACUGGACGGGUUCUGGUCUUUCUGCAGAACCACAAAUUUACCAGAUUGUGUUAAUAAAUAAAGAUUAGAGAGUGAAACAAA